AUGUCCACCGAACCUUCGCAACAAAGCGAGAAUUUUCAAGGCUAUCGAUGGACCUUUUAUUCGGAACUGCAUGGUUUCAGCAGCAAGGUAGCUGACAGAGUCCUGAAGACAGCGAAAUGGGAUGCCUUGAUUCAGCGCGCGACUGAGAAGAGAAGCGGAAUGAAGUGCAGGCUGCUACCCGCCAUUGGGAUGGGAUAUAACCACAUGAUCCGGAUCCUAGAGUUUGCGGAUCGGGUACAAUGGGUGGCCAGACUCCAGAUGCCAGAUCUGUAUGACGGAUCAGCGAAGGCACAAGGAGAAAUGGAAUGUGAACACAUGACUUUUCGCCUGGUCCAAGAAAAAACCAAGAUCCCCGUUCCGAAAAUUCAUGUCUGCGAGGACGGCCCCAGCUCCAGUGCUGGGGUGCCGUUCAUGCUCAUGGAUUGUCUUCGAGGCAAUGUGGGAGCGGACCUGGCGUUAAUAAUUCCCCAUGAGCACGAGGUGAAGGUUUAUACGGCCAUGGCGGAAGCACACAUUGAGAUGUUCAAUAUCAAGCUGUCGCAAAUCGGAAGGAUUGUUGGGGAAAAUAACGAUGGCUCGUAUCGACAAGGGCCCAUCCCUGGCAUUGGUGGUCCUUUCGACACUGCUGCGGAGUACUUCAGAGCCUGGGCCACCCAUACGAAAUUCAGAUUGACCCCAGAUCAACUCAGGGCCCUCUCGGGUAAAUAUGCCGAUGAGCUGUCGGUAAACAAUACAUGCCCAUUUGGACUAUAUCAUGGGGACUUUGGCCAUGCCAAUGUCGUGUUCGACGACAACUACCGCAUGCUUGGUGUCAUUGAUUGGGAAUUGGCAUAUGCAGCACUAUGUGAGAUUGCCGCUCAAUUUCCCCUGGCUGUUCCGGGAACUGUCCCUACUCUUGAUUUUUCGCAGCAUUAUGACGAUAAUGGCGAUCGGAAAGACGCGGAUCUCAAAAAAGGUUAUGCUAGCAGGGAACGCUACAUUGCAAUCGUGAAACAAAUUGAAGAAGAACAGGGGUUCACUACAGGAUACCGGCUGUCAUCUGCACUUGAGAGCUCUCAGCGGCACCAUAUGGCCUGUGCAAUCCCCCUCUUCGAGGAUGGCAGGGCGGCGUUUUACUCCAAGGUGAUGGAAGGAUUCUGCGGAGAUGAGUGAUGUCUUCUUUGACAGGCUGCUUCAUUCAUAUCCUGUCCGAUUCCUGGAUGGUAAUCAGAGGAUUCUCAUGUAGGAAGUGCCUACAGAGGAAAUUCACCCGACGGGUCCCUCAGAUGUCCUUGAGAGGGAUAUGUGAAUAGUAUCGGUUAAUAUCCUGAGGUUAGAUAGCCAGUCCUUCCGCAAAUUAACUCUUGUUCAGCUGUCCUCUAGGAUCAACAAUAGUACAAUAGGCUCUUACUUUAGCAUAUGGAGAUAGGCGAGAGACUGGUUGCACAGGUGCUGGAUGCUUGGUCAAACCUUUGCUGCAAAGGACAUAUAGUGGCUGUUGGAAGGCUGGCCGGGGUGAUUCGUUAAGGUGCCUGGAGAUUGUUGAUUGUUAAUGCGCCCAUCCGUGCUCGAGUGAUCAUUAUUCCCUGUGAUUCGAGGCCUUGAGGCAGCGAGUGAGGGAGAAUGCCAUGGUCACGGCAUUAAAGCUAUCCGUCUAGCUAUUCUUU